UUAGGUGCUCUUGAUGGAACCCACAUAAAGAUUAGGGUGCCAACAGUUGAUAAACCUAGAUAUCGAACCCGAAAAGGUGACAUAGCAACAAAUAUGCUAGGUGUUUGUACACCUGAGAUGCAAUUUGUUUAUGUUCUUCCUGGUUGGGAAGGUUCAGUUGCCGAUGGACGGGUGCUCCGAGAUGCCAUCAGUAGAAGACAUGGACUAAAAGUUCCUCAUGGUUGUUAUUAUCUAGUUGAUGCUGGAUACACAAAUUGUGAGGGAUUUCUUGCACCAUUUAGAGGACAGCGAUAUCAUCUGAACGAGUGGCGUCAGGGUUAUCAGCCAAGUUCUCCGCAAGAGUUUUUUAAUAUGAAACAUGCCUCAGCACGUAAUGUCAUUGAAAGAUGCUUUGGCUUAUUAAAACUUAGAUGGGGAAUACUUAGAGUCCAUCGUUUUAUCCUGUCUGGUGUACAAUAG